AUGAUGACUUCGAACCCUACCUCGCCUGCCACCUACCAGGGCCACCUCACCGCUGGCGACGGUGUGCUUGCCUCGCGUCUUCACAAGCCCACGCAUCCAUCGUUGGUUCAGGUGAUCUUCAACAAUGGCUCGUACAACUCGCAUCUCAUCUCGCUCCAGAACUUUUCACGAGGACAACUGAUCACACCCUUUUCGCCACAUGCCGACUUUGCGUCGACCAAGAGCUACUCGACCGUGCAGACCGGGCGCAACACGCACAUUGAACUGAAUUCCGACCUGCUCUACUGCAACCACUCGUGCGAUCCCAACGUCAGCUUUGUCAUUGGCGAUGCUCAGGACAAGUCGAGCUGGAAGGCGGUGGCGGAAAAGGACAUCAGCAAGGGCGACAUUUUGACUUUCUUCUACCCGAGCACCGAAUGGCACAUGUCGCAACCGUUUGAUUGCGCCUGUGGCUCCUCGUCACACUGCCUCGGCAAGAUCGACGGCGCCCAUUCCAUCAACCCCGCCACUUUGUCCAAGUACUUUGUCAACAACCACAUUCUCGAGCUCAAGCGAAACCAGAUCCAUGCCGACACCACCCUCUCUGCCGACAACAAGCAGCAGCUCCUCAACCUCUUGCAAUAG